AAUUUGCUCCUGCGCUCAGUCAGUCAGAGGCAGGCGGACCGUGUGCCACCACCUCAGCUCUUCCCCUCCACACUAAACCUCCGCUCCGGACUUAGAAACAACAUUUAAACAAACCCGAUCAUGGAGAACACAGUGGCUGAGGGACAUGUGCACGAGGAGCGUCGGGAUGGAGCAGACAGUCCUGACUCUGACACCAAGUCUGAGGGCUCAGGUGAGGCGAAGGCGCAGCUGCUCAGCGAGGCGCAGGUCCACGCCCCUGCCGAGGCAGGGAGCUGCUCCUCGGACUACCUGGAGAUCAGGGACGGGGACAGACACAGCAGCUCGUCCUCUUCCUCCAGCGACGACGAGGAUGAGGAGAAAGACGAGGGCGCUGCAGAGCCAAAGGUGGAGGAGGUUACUGUGGAGCCGGCGGUGGAGCCGGAGGUGACGAUGACGAUGGAGCCGGAGGUGGCGGUGACCAUGGAGCCGGAGGUUCAGGUGACGGUGGUGGAGCAGGUGAACGGCGAGGUGCACGACAGAUCCAGGCGAUCCUCGGCCUCCUCCUCGGCCUCCUCCGCCUCCUCCGCCUCCUCUGCCUCCCCCGGAGACCCGUGCGAUGACCCGCCGAUCCAGCCGAAGACCGAGGAGAAGGAUACCGCCGAGGAAGGGAUGCUGAUGGCCGACACCCACCCCGACACCGACACCAAGCCGGAGGAGUCCGGCGACUACAGCCUGAAAACCCUGGAGAGUGUCAGCCUGGAGGAGAGCAGCGCUGCCCCGGCUGACCCCGGCCAGCCCGACAUCGCUCUGUUCGUCAAGGCCGGCAAUGAUGGAGAGAGCAUCGGAAACUGUCCCUUCUCCCAGCGCCUCUUCAUGAUCCUCUGGCUCAAAGGAGUCGUGUUCAACGUCACCACCGUCGACCUCAAGAGGAAGCCGGCGGAUCUGCACAACCUGGCCCCGGGGACGCACCCUCCCUUCCUGACCUUCAACGGGGAGGUCAAGACCGAUAUCAACAAGAUCGAGGAGUUUCUGGAGGAAAUGCUCAGUCCUCCAAAGUAUCCCAAACUGGCCGCCAAGCAAAGAGAGUCCAACACAGCUGGAAAUGACAUCUUCGCCAAGUUCUCAGCCUACAUCAAGAACACCAAACUGGAGGCCAAUGCUGCUCUAGAGAAGGGGUUGUCCAGGGCCCUGAAGAAGCUGGAUGACUACCUGAACAGCCCCCUGCCAGAUGAGAUCGAUGCAGACAGCAUGGAGGAGGAGAAGGGCUCCAACCGGUGCUUCCUGGACGGGAACGAGCUCACCCUGGCAGACUGCAACCUGCUGCCUAAACUGCACAUAGUCAAGGUCGUCGCUAAGAAGUACCGCAACUACGACAUCCCCUCCGACAUGACGGGCGUGUGGCGCUACCUGAAGAACGCCUACUCGCACGACGAGUUCACCAACACCUGCGCCGCUGACGCUGAGAUCGAGACGGCCUACAAAGACGUGGCGAGGAGACUGGCAAAGUAACUCGCCAAUCGAGCCCGGGCGAAAACAAACCAGCAAGCACGACACACCCAAAAAAUACCACUUUCAAAUACACGUGACUGUCCUGUACUUCAGCGUCACUUAUCUAAGAAGCUGUGUUUUCCGGUCUGUGAUAGUGAGCAGAUGUUACAGACGUCUUUAGCAGCUCCGGAUGUGACGGAUGCAAACGCAGGAACAGACGCUACAAAUCGGAAAUGGAGCAGAAUAUAUAAAUCCACGACUUCAAUUCUCACGUUUUCAAACCGGAUCGAGAUUUGGCUGCCGUGAAACUUCUGGUAUAACGUGAUCACGUCUGUCUGCGUUCAUAACACAAAGCCCUCCCUCAUCAGACUCCAUCGCUGGUCCACGCGGGCCAAACGUUUUGCUCGCUGCUGAUGUCAGGCUCGUUCGCUUUAUUUAUUCCUCAGCCCCCAGACGACAAGUCAGUGUUUAUCGUCACGUUCUGGCUCCUGUGUAGACACCUUUUAAAUUAACGUAAUGAUUCAUGCUCUUAAUCGUUUGCUGAAUAUGACUGUGGCGAUCCGCAUUUGAGAAGAAAAAAACAAUCGGCUUGUUUUUUCUGAAUCAGGAGAUCAUCUUCUGUUUUCCAGAAGGAAAAUGGAGCCGCAUGAUUUCAAGUUCUGUCUGUCUUUUGAGGGUUGAAGUCUUGUUACUUCCUCAAAAACAGAGCAGAAAUCUUUCCGCAUUAAAACAGAAAAUUAUCUUGUUAAUCCAUUUUUUAUCUUGUGAAAAUGUUCUUGUUAAUUAACUUAAAAAUGCUCGAUGACAUUAGAACAAUCGAUGAAGAACUUGCUGAUGAGAGCGUCCGUAACAAAAAAAAGCUUGUUUCCGAAUUGCUUGCGCGAAUCUGUUUUAUUAAAUUGUAAUAUUGUAACCUGAUCUUUAUAAGAUAUGAAAAAUCGUCGACUAUGUGCCUUUAUUUGGAAGUAUCGAAAGUCCACGCCAACGUCACUGAUGGACUCAUUCUGACAAAAGAAGAACUGUAUCGCAGCCGGAGCCGAGAGGUUUGGUUUUGCCUCGAGCUGUUAGUGUUGGGUCUAAGGUAUUGAUUCCGUCUCCAGUUACAGACGACAUUAUGAAUGGAGCGUGUAUUUAUUCAGCAGCCCCAAUCAGGCCUGAUUAGCUGGAGAGCCAUUAGCGCCGCGAUGAAAAGCGUCUUCCAGGCCAGGUCCACCGUGGUCGGGAGCCCUGCUCUCCAGCUCCUCAUCACACAGACACGUUUCCUCCGCUCGUAGGGGAGUCCAUCAACUUCCACAGCCCAAAAGUUCAAGUUCAAAAGUUUCAUUAGGAGCAGGACAGAUUGUCAGAGGAGGACGGAAAUUUGUUUUUUCGGGGGCUUAUCGUCUUUGGCGUGGUGUCAGACUGCAACUACAGCGAGACUUCCUUGAAGAACCAUAAGGCUCUUGUGUGGUUUGGACAAACAUAUGAAAUGAAAUUGGAGCAUGAUGACUGAGGGGCUUGCUCAUUGCGAAGCUCCACAAAUAAAAUAAUAUUUUCACA